AUGUAUCAGUGGUUAAAAUCUGUUUCACUUAAAAGGCCUAUAUGUGAAAUAGAAGAAGAUAAUACUGUGAAUGAUAUGAAUAAAGUUCAGAAUGAAUUGAUCUAUUAUCAUCGUGGUAGUUAUUCUUCAUGCAAAUUAUGUGCUCAUAAAACUACUCGUAUUGAGUAUGCAGUUAAGAUAAUUGACAAAUCGAAAAAAGACUGCCAAGAAGAAGUUGAAAUUCUUCUACGUUAUGGACAUCACAAUAAUAUAGUUACAUUAAGAGACGUUUAUGAAGCUGAUAAGUCUGUGUAUUUAGUGAUGGAGUAUAUGAGAGGUGGAGAGUUACUUGACAGACUUCAUAAGUUGAAAUACUUUUCGGAAAGAGAAGCUAGUGACAUAAUGCAAGUUGUAACUUCAACUUUAUGUUAUUUACAUAAAAGUGGAGUUGUGCAUAGAGAUCUAAAACCAUCAAACAUUCUUUACGCUACUGAAAGUGCAUCGCCUGAGGCUUUGAGAAUAUGUGAUUUUGGUUUUGUCAAACAAUUGCGUGCAGAUAAUGGACUUUUGAUGACUCCUUGUUAUACUGCAAACUUUGUAGCUCCCGAAGUUUUAAAAAGACAAGGUUAUGAUGCUGCUUGUGAUAUUUGGUCAUCUCAAACAAUUUGUUGUUAUUGUUCCUGGAAACUUAUACUUCCAACCAUUAGUAAUUAAGGUUUUUGAUGUCCA